GGGGGCACUGCACACAAAGAUAUCAGUUGGUUCAGCUUUGAAGCCUUCUUGGGACAAUAUUAUAUCUUCUAUGAAGUUAGGGCUGCACCAAAAGCCUUGGUAUUGGUAGAGUGGAUACCCAGCGUUCCAGCCAUCAUCUUUAGGAAUCCUGAAAACAGCCCAAUAGAAGCCAGGCAAUCGCUUUCAAACUACAGAGAUUCAAAGAACAAAGAAUGGGGGAGAAGAAAUGUGAUACAAUCCCUUUGAUCAACCCAUCACCGUCGUCAUCAACACAAGGAACUGCAUCUAAACUUCAAACCAUCGGGAACAUUAUAGUUUCAAUAGUUGGAACCGGCGUUUUAGGCCUUCCUUUUGCUUUCCGAGUCGCCGGUUGGCUUGCUGGAUCAAUCGGUGUUGUCAUUACUGGCUUGGCUACUUUCUACUGCAUGCUUCUUCUUAUUCAGUGCAGGGAGAAAUUAGCAUCAGAAGAAGAAUUAAAGGAAACAACAACAUAUGGUGAUUUGGGUUGCAGAUGCAUGGGAAAACCAGGCCGAUACCUGACAGAAUUUCUCAUAUUCAUCUCCCACUGUGGAGGAUCCGUGGCAUACUUGGUAUUUAUUGGCCAAAACCUUGCAUCACUUUUCAAACUUCAUGGCCUCACAAUUGCAUCUUACAUAUUCCUGUUAGUCCCUAUUGAAAUAGCAUUGUCAUGGAUCGGAUCCCUCUCGGCUUUUGCACCCUUCAGCAUUUUCGCCGAUGUAAGCAAUCUGUGGGCGAUGGCGUUUGUUGUUAAAGAAGACUUACAACAGGCUAUUGGGGGAAAAUUUUCAUUUAGAGAUAGGAAAGCCUUCACUGAUAACUUGGGAGGGUUGCCAUUUGCAGGAGGGAUGGCAGUGUACUGUUUCGAGGGGUUCGGAAUGACACUGGCCCUUGAACAAUCCAUGAGAGAGAGGAGAAAAUUUCCUAAGGUUUUGGCGAUGUCUUUUACAUGGAUCGCACUUGUGUAUAUUUUGUUUGGGAUUUUUGGAUACAUGGCUUAUGGUGACGAAACAAAAGAUAUCAUAACACUGAAUCUUCCCAAGGAUUGGACAGCCAUUGCAGUCCAGAUUGGCUUGUGCCUGGGGUUAGCAUUUACAUUCCCAAUCAUGGUCCAUCCAGUUAGUGAAAUAGUGGAAGGGAAGUUGAAGAAGAACAUUUGGUUUGAGAAGCUUCGCAACAAUGAUGCUGAAGAUUCGAUAACGAGAUUAGAGAAGUUGGGAAUAUACAUGGGCAGAGCAGUUCUGGUAAUUGUGUUGGCAGUGUUGGCGUCAUUCGUUCCGGGAUUUGGUGUUUUUGUGUCGCUUGUGGGGAGUAGUGUAUGUGCAUUGAUCUCUUUUGUUUUGCCAGUCUCGUUUCACCUCACAUUGUUAGGUUCAUCUUUGAGUUUGUGGCAGAAAGCCUUGGAUGUUUUCGUUUUCUUGUGUGGAUUGCUUUUUGCAGCUUAUGGUACAUAUAACACCAUUAUUGGAUUCUGAAAACAAAUAUAAAUAUAAAUAAAUUUUGGUUUCGGAAGAUUUCAUAUCGAAAA